AUGGGCUACAACACCAGGAGAAAGUCGCUGUCGCUCCCCAUGCUCGGCAUCCAGCUGCCAAACAGCUCGCGAUCCUCGUCGCACCGCUCACCGCCCUCGACGACGCCCGCAUCCGAACAACCGCCGCAGAAGAAGGUCAAGCGAUCGCACACCUCGAGCGCAUCGCCCGCACCUCUCAGUCCGCCCGCAACCGCGCCCCCCAAGUUUCGCGACGAGCGCUCCAAAGCCUCGACUAGGCCCGUAGAGCACACGCCGCCCCCGUCGCCAGGCGCCGAGGGCGCCUCGAAAAUCGACACCGAGGGCAUCAACGAUGACAUCGUCGUUGCUGUAAUAAAACAACUCGAGGAGACGGGCAACCGCCCGCACCUGCUCAAGGAGCUUGCCGCCGUGCUUUCCCCCCAGCUGCCCAUCGUCGAAAGCUCCGCGAACCCCUGCGCCAUAAUUUCGUCGCGCAUGGGUGCCUACACUCGCCGUCCCUGGACCGCUCUUUCGCCUUGCCCAGUGGGAAGAGAACUCGUUGGCACCCACCCCAAGCGCAUCUACUUCUUCCUCACAACCACCCCUCACCAGCCCAUUCCCGAGCCCAACGAGACUUCAGCAAGCGCCAACAUCGCGUCGCGCAUAAUCUCGCCGUCUCUUUCUUCGGCUGCGGAUGACUCGGAAGAGGAGGAGCGCGACAGGCGCAGCCGCUGCGCAAUGUCGCCCUCGCCCGAGGUUGAUCUUUCCUCCCCCGAGCUUGACAGCGAGAGCGACACAACCACGUUUUCCGGACGCAGCUCGCUGAUGCGCGAGGUCCCCCCGACCAAUAUUGCACACAACAGGCGCGCCGCCAGCCCGCCUCUGGAGAAGGACGAGCGGGAGUUCACUGCUACGGCUUCCUCGCUGCAGCAACGUAACCGUAACCAGCAGUCAGAGAAAUCGACCGUCUCGGAAGCCCCUGCUCUGUCGAGUAAUACCGAAGACGAGAACCUUCGUCUCGCAAAUGAGCCCGAAAGCGAGGAGAGCGCGGCACUGCGUAACUCGGAAGCUGCGGCACUCCUUUUUGGCCAAAGCGUCGAGAGCGACUCCUCGGCUGCCACCUCGGCCAUGGAUUUCGGUGUCAGCAGUCCCGUGCUGAAGCCGGUCGAUCACCAGGCAAACACCAAACCCGAUGCGAUGGAAGACGUUCGCGUCGUUAAUGACGACAGCUGGGCCUGGUCGGACUGGCAGAAUCCGGAAUCCAUUGAAUUGGACGAGCUGGACGAUCUGCUCGGCGACUACUAG